CAUUUCAGACCACAAAACUGUUUCACAACUUUCAGCACCGUCAUGGCGGAGGCAAAGCGAUGGCGCCAUUUUGUAGCACUUUGAGAAAACAGCCUAUCUCUUUACCAUAGCAAUGAAACCAUUGGUCUUUCUAACACAGUGAUCAAACCAAUCCGGAACGGUCUUACUGGGACGUCGUCGAGGAUUUUGACAAAGAAUGUGAUAUCGUCAAUGCGCAGGAUGGACAGCGGCUCUUCUUCCCUCUACAUGUGCUCUCCUUGCUGCCAGCUCUUUGGCUCUCUGGAGGAAGUUCUGUCCCACCAGCUCACCUGCCACUCCGAUGACACGGGGGAGGAGGAGGCUGCCCCUGCAGCGCCCCCUGGCACACAGACUGAGUCUGUGCUGCUGUACCAGUGCGCUCAGCCCAGCCCUGACCUCCAGACUCCCCAAGCUAACCCCGCCCAGCAGAAGAGUGCACCCUCCAAUCCCGUGUUGCCUCCACAGGCCCGCCCCUCCCUCCAGAAACCCAGCGGCCUAUCUCGACAGAGCCCCGCCCAGAGGACCCAGAGACAGCCCGCCCUCAGCUCCGCCCCCCUCAUCCGCUACCAGUGCGGGGACUGCAGCUGCCUGUUCGAGUCCCUGGGCCAAUGGCAGCAGCACCGCAAGCUGGGUCAGUGCACCAGGACCGGGGUGGAGACGGGCGCGGACGGGGCGGGGGAUACCGGGGCGGGCAGGGUGCAGGGGGAGGUGAAGAUGGAGGAGCAGCUGGAGGAGGCAGGAGAGGAGCAGCCAGACCAGGCUGAGGGACAUGAGACGGACGGAGUGAGGGAGGAUGAGGGAGGUGAAGAGAUAGGAGGCGGGGAAGGUGUGGGGCUGAAGGACUGUGCGUGGAAGGAGAGAGCGGUCAGCCAGGAUCACUCCUACCUGCCCUACGCCGGAGAAAAGCAGGAAGAGGAUGAAGAGGGAAAAGCCAACCAAGCUCAGGACCAGGCCAAUGAUGAGUCUGGAAUGACGGGCAGUUCAGAAACCCAGCCGACGGACCUCCAGGCUGAUGGUGAAGGAGAGGCUGGGGCUUCAGACCACAGCUUCCUGUGUGUGUGCUGCGGGUCCGGUUUCAGCUCAGAACCGGCACUGGUGGCCCACCGCAGGAGCGAACAUGGCCUGCAGGAGGCGCUGCACCACUGCCCCGUGUGCGGGGAGAGCUUCAUGAACACCACACUCUUCCUCUAUCACCGCAGGCAGCACCGGGAGAAAGAGGAAGGGUCUGGGGCCGGGCCGGGGCCAGGGGACGGGGUGAAAAACACCAAUAAGGCUUUGGGGCUUCUCUCUUCCUCAGCGCCCUCUGGUGGAACGAAGAGGAAAAACUGUUCAGGGAUCAGUCCAUCACAGAAGAGCCCUGCAGCUCCGGCAGGGGCCAUGGCUGACGGUGAGGAGCAGCCGGAGGGAGGGGACAUCGACGGCGUCGCCCCGCCGAGCCCCGCGGGAGCGGAGCCCAGGCGGCCGCCCGGCCCGCACGCCUGCCCCGACUGCGGCCGCGUCUUCAAGCGGCGCUGCCACCUGCUCACCCACGUCUACAGCCACACGGGCAAGAAGCGCUACACCUGCGACACGUGCGACAAGGCCUUCUCCUACAAGAGCAACCUGGCGCGCCACCGCCACACUCACGCCUGCGCCAAGCCCUACUCCUGCGAGCGCUGCGGCAAGACCUUCACCCAGUCCGGCACGCUCAAGCAGCACUGGCUCAUACACGCCAAGGCCGACGCCCUCAGCCAGGGGGCUGAGGGGAAGGAGGUGGUGUUUCAGCUCCCUCACCCCUGCGUCGACUGCUCCUCCAGUUUUAAAACGCGCACUCAGCUGCUCAUUCACAGACACGUCCACACCGGGCAGUACCCCUUCUCCUGCUCUGACUGUGGCCAGACCUUCCUGCGCAGAAAACAGCUGCAGCUGCACUCUCUCAAGCACCAAGGUAAAGAGCCCAUUUCCUGCACCCGUUGCUCCACCCAGUUUUUAAACCAGGUGCUGCUGGACGGGCACCUGCAGCGCUGCCUGGGGAAGGCGGGGCGCGGGCGGGGCCGGAGCGCGGGGCAGCUGGAGUGUGACAUGUGCGGCCAUCGCUGCGUCACGCAGGAGGGGCUGGACCUGCACCGGCUCUCCCACACGGGCCAGACGCCCCUCCGCUGCCCCCUGGCGCCCUGCCGACGCCGCUUCGCCUCCGGCCCCGCCCUGGAGGAGCACGUCCUCGCCCACUGCCGCUCGCCCCAGGACCCCGACACCCCGGGCCCCGGCCCCAAGCCCCGGCCCUUCCACUGCCAGCACUGUGGGAAGGACUUCACCACCGCCUCCUCGCUCAGCGUGCACCUGCGCAUUCACACAGGCGAGAGGCCCUAUCAGUGCACGCAGUGCGGGAAGCGCUUCCGGCAGAUUCCGCACCUGCGGGACCACGAGCGGCUGCACAGCGGGGCCCGGCCCUUCAGCUGCUCCGUGUGCGGGAAGAGCUUCGUCCUGGCGGCGCGGCUGGCCGAACACGCGCGCACCCACAGCGGGGACAAGCCCUACACCUGCCCCCUGUGCCCCCGCGCCUUCCGCUCGCUCUCCAACCUGGGCAAGCACCGCAAGACGCACGGCCGGGGCCCCCCGGCCAAGGGCCCGGGGCCCGAGGGCGAAGCCGCCGUGCGCACCAUCCUGCUGGUGCAGGCCCCGCCCGCCGCCCUGGAGGGCGACGCCCUGUCUGCCUCCGCCGCCUCUCAGCUGCUCCUCCUGCACCCCUCCCUGUCCAUGGGGGAGGGUCAGGAGGGGGAGGUGCUGCCCAUGAUGCCCCACGCCUUCCAGGUCAUCGUGGAGGAGACCGUCUGAAGAGCGGCCGGAAGAGUGGAAGAGAGGAGGACACGAGGGAUGUUUGGAAGAGAGGAGAAUAGAGGGAUGUGUGGAAGAGAGGAGAAUGGAGGGAUGUGUGGAAGAGAGGAGAAUAGAGGGAUGUAGAGGCAAGACGGGGACACCCCAGAUGGGGCACAUUACGCUGAGAAGGAAUCACACCAGGGAUGAAAAUUUAAAAAAGAAUAAAAAUGACGAAAGCUUGAAUUUGGUUGGCUGAAUUGAAGGACUAACCGUAUCAAAUGGAAACAGCAUGGUAUCAUUGGCUGUACGUGAGGUGUAUAGCAGGUUUUACGGGUUUGGAACUUUACUGACAGUUGAAUCUGAUAUAUUUCUUUAAUAAAAUGCUUCCUCUA